AGUGUGACCUUAAACUAAAAUGUGACGACAUACAUACUACGGAUCAACGAGUUGACACAACUAAUUAACAGUUACUAACAGCAAUACAAUAAAAUGCAUAAAAUAAAUCCAAUAUUUAACGAAACAGUGACAAUAUAAACAAAAUUUUAGUUCGUCAAAGUGUUUAGUUGAAUGCGACGCAUUUAGAUCUAUCUAAUGGUACUAGGCAGUUGCCCUACUGUAUGUGCUAUAAAGCAAUACACACAUAAAAACAUAUAGAUACAUACAAAGUUGUAAGUUAAUGAAUAUGUUCACACCGAUAAUUUUUAAAAACUAUGACUGGGAAAAAACUUUUAUCAGGCAUGCACAAGCAUGAUAUUUUUUCCUCUUUAGAGUUGCGUUACACUUUGUUUAAAGUUGAUGCAAUUUUAUAUUAAUAAAUACAUAUAGUCUAAAAAAAUAUAUUUGUAUAUAUAUGUAUAUGUAUAUAUCAGAUAUAUAUGCAAAUAAAAUAAAGAAAGUAAAUGUUAAUUAUGUUGUGUGCUCUGCUAUUUUGCUGAGAGCUUUUGAUAUGAAACAUGAUGGCAGCACUACCAUCAUAUGCUAAUUUGAAAACAGCUGUCAAAUAAACUUUGUUUACGUUUAAUUGAUCGCUGUGUGCCAGUGUGCAUUAUCUCUGAUAUUAAUUCUACAAUUAUGGAUAGUUCUGAGGAAAAGUUCACGUGGACGCAACAGUUGACAAUGAAACUCAUACAGGAAGUCGAGCGUCGUCCAUGCAUUUGGAAUCGUGAAGAUGGUGAUUAUUCAAAUAAAACCAUGAAAGCAAUAGCAUUUGAUGAAAUCGGCGAAAUACUAAAUGUGCCGAGCACCAACGUACGUGAAAAAUUUCGAAAUCUACGCAUAAAUUUCAUGCAAGUGCAUAAAAAGAAAUUGUCGGCCGGUAGCAGAGCAACGUAUGUGCCAAAGUGGGAGUUUUAUAAUGCACUAUUCUAUAUGGCGGAUACGUGUGUAGCGUCAUCGACAUCUUCUGCCUCGUCAACGACAUCAAAGCCACCAAAGCGACGAAAAUUGCGCGAUUACAAAACAGAUACGCAAGAUACAGCUAUAACUACAGAUCCACUGUCCGACGAUUGUAAUAGUUCACAGACACAAUUUAGUCAUGACAAAGAACCGCGUUUAAAGUUUGUCGAAUAUGUAACGCCCUUCAAGAGAACAACAGAAAAUUUAAGUGAAAAUGAAACGCCUUUUAAAAGAACGACAGACAAAUUUGGCGAAUGCAUAGAAACGCCUAAAACAUUACAUGUAAAAUUUGGCGAAUAUGUAGCGUUUAGUCUUGAAAAUCUUGAUGACACGAAAUUAGUCAAGAAAACAAAAGCUAAAAUACAGCUCAUAAUAUCCGAAGCGAUAAGAGAACGUGCCAUGGCCGAAUUGGCUCAGUGCGAGUCUAGUGCGGAAUUUUAAAGCAUUUUUCAUUGACAUAUUUUAAAUUCGAGUUGGUUUGCUUUGCUUUAUUGAAGAACAUAAUACUAUAUAUUUUUCAAGAAAACUUGGGACAAUUUUAGCUCCUUCCAGGGCUAAGAGGUUAACCAUGAACUAUCUGAGCCGUCGACAAUCCUCCGUACUAUUUCGAGGUUAAAAUUUUAAGUUAAGAAGAAUUAAACAGGAGGUUCCGCAGUCUGGCAUCCUUUCUUCGCUACUGUUUAAUAUCUAUAUCUCGAAACUCCCUCAGCCCCCAAAGGGAAUUUCCAUCACCUCAUACCGCAGACAAUUGUACGAUACAAUCUGCAAGGAGCUUAACACUCUCUACCUUUAAAUCCA